AUGGAUGAUUCCGGAAGAAAACAAUCUCCUUUGAUAACACUAGACGAAGGUAGUGUUCGUGAUGAACCAUCAUCAACUGGCGGUGGUCAUACUGAUGGAAAACAAGAUCAACUAGUCGAUAAAUUAAUGGACAUGAUGCUGACUAUGGAACGGAACAGGCAAGAUAGCGAAAAUAGAUUUUUCCAAUUUAUCCAAGGACAGGUAUCCAGAUCAGUUUCGGAGACAACCAAUUUCCAAGUAAUGCCAGAUUUCAGCAAGACUAUCGAGAAUUUCAAUGGUGAAGUUCUGGGGAGAUCGGCGAUGGGAUGGUUAGAGAGAUUGGAAAGCACCGCCCUUUUACACAACUGGCCUGACACAUUCAAAUUAGAAACAGCAAAAACACAUUUGAUUGGAACUGCAAAGGAUUGGUUUAAUGGAAACGCAGGAAUAAUCAAGACAUUUUCUGAUUUCAAAUUUAAAUUUGGUAAAACAUUCAACGUCCGUGAAAGCAAGACUCAGUUAUGGAGAGAAAUGGAAAAAAGUGUUCAAGGUAGAAAAUCACUAUUCUCAUAUUUCCACUACAAAGUUAAACUGUGCAAGGACUUGAACUUGGAUUUUGAUGAGAUCAAAGAGCAAGUGGUAAUAGGCUUGGCAAAUAAGCAAAUAAUUCCUGGUUUGCUAGCAGCUGCUCAUGUAGAUGAAGAUGCUCUUCUACAUGAUAUUCAUGAAUUUGAUAGAAUCCAUUGUCAAGCACAAGGACGGCAUUUUCCUGGGAGUUAUAAGACAUUUUCUAGAAACUCGAAUGGAUUCAAUGAACAAGAUUCUUCAAGCAGUUCCGCGCCAGAGAGAGUCGGAAAACAACCAGAGUUUUUGAACACUAAUCCUAGAAUAGAAGAAAAGGAAACAAGGAAAUUCACCUGCUAUAAAUGCAAAGGUGAGGGACAUCUCCGGAGAGAUUGCCCUUCUAAAAACGAACCAUCCGAUUCAGGCAGCAAAGAAAAAAUUAUACAAUCGCUAAUUAAUCUGGAGGAAAACUGUAAUAAUUCUAUUGAGAAAUUCAUACGUGAAAUCGAAAUUGAUAGACAUCUCCAAGUAGCAGCUCUCAUUGAUCCUGGUAGCGCUGUGUGUACCAUACGAGAAAGUUUGGUAACUAGUGGGCAAUUGAUCAGUAUAGAUUCCAGUAGAAAAUUGUUUGGUUUUGGACAAGAAAAUCCAGUUAAUUGUCAAAAGAAGAUUUUGCCCAAAAUAUGGAUGUUUUGCUAG